AUGCAAAGCAACAGGAAGGGGGUGAAGGUGACGGGGAAGAAUGUACCUCGUGUGGACUGGGCCACCAGAAGAGGAGGUCCAUCCAUCGUCCACGCUCCACCCAACGCUACACCUUUACCUCCAGACCCCCCCACUGUGAUCUCCAUCGGGCCCCUGCCGAACAGGCCCCAAGAGCCGGUCGAUGAUCCCAGGGUGGACGACCCUUCCGACGGGGAGGAUUGGACCACGGAGGCGUCCUCCAGAACAGGCGUGUCCUAUGGUGAAUCUGGGGUCCCCCGGCAGACCAUGGAGGAGCUGAAGACCCUCCUGAGGGAAAGUCCUCUUCUCGGCAUCCGGGGAAGAGACGAUGGGAAGCCGGGGAGUCCUUAUACGUACCUGCAUGGAAGCAGCAGCAAUAACACCAGUGGAGGAAGUGGUGGUGGGAGGCCGGAUGCAAGACCAGACGACAUGAACCCCAACAGGACGUUCAGCACCUUCAAACCCCAGCCUGAGGCUUCCAGAAGGGGGCCCAGGUCCAGAGAUGGUUCCUCUAUUCAGCAGCCUUCCGGCGUGGAUUCAUCCAGCUCACUCAGGUCUGAUCACAACACAAAUAGGCAGCACCGAGUUUGGGACAACACAUAUGCAAGCGCUGGCUCCUGGGGAGAGACUGAAGCUCCUCAUACAGAUAACAGACACGAGACUGAGCAGAUCUUUGGGAACCAGAAGUUCAUUGCAGCCAUGGAGCAGAUCAAGCAGCAGAUCGCCAGAGAAAACAUCAGCUUUGUCCGCUUUGAGGCCACCGACCUCCACGGGGUGUCCAGGUCCAAGACAGUACCCGUCCGCUUCUUCCACGAGAAAGCGGUGUAUGGGAUACCGAUGCCCAGAAGCUACUUGGAGCUGACCCUGAGCCCUAAGAGCAACGAAGUGGACAACGCCAGUACGGCCAACUUCAGCAGUGACAUCCUUCUGAUCCCCGAUCUUUCGACCUUCAGGGUCUUACCCUGGGCCGAGCAGACCGCCCGGGUCAUCUGCGACCCCUGCACGGUGACGGGAAGCCCCCUCCGCACUUCCCCCCGCCUCAUCGCCAAGCAGCUCCUCGGCCAGCUCCAAAGCCUCGGGUUCUCCCUGCACUCGUCCUUCACCUACGAGUGCUGCGUCCUCGGAGCGCUGGACCGGAUCGGACCGAAGACCCUCCUGUUCCCGGCCACCACCCUGCUGGGCAACCACGACCUGCCGUUCUUCCAGCAGCUGUUGGACAACAUGUACUGCAUGGGCGCCGACGUAGACAGCAUCGCGUCCGCAAGCGGGCCCGGCCAGAUGGAGAUCAACCUGAGGCCGGAGUUUGGGAUUGCGGCCGCAGACAGCGCCUUCACCUUCCGCACCGGCAUCAAAGAGAUGGCGCGCAAACACAGCUACAUCGCCAGCUUCUACACCGACGACGGGCUCUACAACGCCGGGGUGCUCUCUCACUGCUUGUGGGACGCCAACGGGCGGCGGAGCCUCUUUCUCAACGGGGAGAAAGCUGGCGAGCUAUCGGAGAUCGGCAGGAAGUGGCUGUCCGGGCUGCUCACCCACUCCGCCGCUCUGAGCUGCCUGAUGUCGCCCGGCCUGAGCUGCCGGAGCCACAUCGCCAAGACCAUCAAAGACCCCAAGAGGAUGCUGUACGCCUCCUGCGGCUGCAACGACAACAGCAGCUCCUUCAACAUCAAGUCUCACGGCGGGAGGGAGACGCACAUCGACAACAAGCUGGGCUCGGCCAUGGCCAACCCGUACGUCGUGCUGGCCGCCACCGUGGCCGCGGGGCUGGACGGCAUCAGGCGCAACCUGAACUUCAACGGCGGUCUGGACAAAGCCCCCUGUCAGCAGAAGGACUUCCCCGUUCCAGUGAAGCUCGACGAAGCUCUGGAGGCUCUGGCGGAGGAUCACGUGAUCCGCAGCACCCUCGGAGAGCCGUUCAUCCAGUACUUCAUCGCCAUGAAGAAGUUUGAGAUCGAGACUCAAGAGCUGGACGACGAGAGGAACAAGUGUCUGGAGUAUUUCAUCUAG